AUGUCUGAGGAUUCUUACUAUAUCACUCCUCAUGAAGCUGCUUUAGCAGUGGUGGCUACAUCCAUGAAAAAGGCAAGACUACGGCUUGAUACUCUUGUGAUCAACUCCAUAGUUGGUGGUGUAUUGUUCUCUGCUGGUGGUAUGCUUCAUUUAUUAGCACAAGCUGAAAAUCCAGACCUUUAUGAAAAAAAUCCAGGUAUUGUUAAACUAAUGCAAGGUGCUUUAUAUCCAAUUGGUUUAUUUUAUGUUAUUAUAAUGGGUGCUGAAUUAUAUAAUUCAAAUAUUUUAUAUUUUUCAGUUGGUGUUUGUCGUGGUGCAGUUUCCAUCCUUGAUUUACUGGUUAGUUGGCUUGUAAGUUGGUUUUUCAAUUUAGGUGCAAAUUUAUUUAUAUGUUAUGUUAUAUGUGAUUUAUCAGGUACAACAAGAUCAGAAUAUUUUAUUAAAGGUUCAAUUGAAAUUACAAUGGAUAAAGCUUCAUCUUCAUUUAUACAAACUUUUAUUAAAGGUAUUGCUGCAAAUUUUUGUGUUUGUUUAGCUGUUUAUUUACAAUUAAUGGCAAAACCAUUACAUGUUAAAUUAUUAGUUAUGGGAUUACCAAUUUUCACAUUUGUUUCUAUGGGAUUUAAUCAUUCAGUUGCUGAUAUGUAUUUAGUACCAAUGGGUAUGUUUAAUGGUGCUCCAUUACCCGUGGCUACAGCUAUAUGGAAAGUUUUAAUACCAGCUGCCCUAGGUAAUGCAGUUGGUGGAUCGAUUUUUGGGAUUGUUAUACCAUUUUAUUUACAUCUUGUUGUUGUGGAAAGAGAUCGGAAAUUAUUAAAUUUACCUAAAUUUGAUGCAAAAGAUGAACAACCUGAAUUAGAAAUGGAUUCAAGAGUUAUAAGAGUUCCAAGUGAAAAAGAAGAAGUUGAAAAUUCAUCAGAUUCAAGUGAUUUAAGUAAUGAUCAAUUAAAUCCUGUUUCUUAUAGACCUAAACAAGAACAAUUAAAUCAUAGAUUAUCAUCAACAAGUAAUACAUUAUCCAAAAUUCCAACUAAUUCAUCAAGGUUUUCAAGAUUAUCUCAAAAAACUAAAUCAUCUUUGAGAUCACCUCCUGGUGUUUUCCCUGUUAAAGGAAUGGGAGAACCAUUAAGUCGUGAGAGAUCAAUAGCCUCAAGAGAAGAUCCAAUUAAUCAAGAUGAUUCAGAUGAUUUCAUACAAUCACCAGACACAAGAUCAUUAAAUUCUGAUGCUAUAUCAUUAAGGACAAACUCAAUUCAAGGACUUUCAAAUAAAGAAAGACAAAAAUCUGAAGAAGAUGAGUAUAAUUUAGAUGGUGGUUAUAACGCUAGAGAAAAUUAUACAUCAGAAAACCUUAAGAAAAUAUUCACAAGAAAAAAUACAAAUCAAACAAAACAAGACUUAGAAUCUGGUUUAAAAACAUCAAAAACUCAAUCAUCAUCAAUAAAUCCAACAAAUAAUUCACCAAGUUUAUUCAGAACAAUUUCUAAAUCUUUCACCCAAAGACAACCAGAUAAUGCCCAUGAAAUAUCACGAAGAUUAUCUCAACAUAGUAUAACUCCCAAAGCUGCAAAUGCUUCAGAUCAUAUAGCUGGUAUAGAUAGUUAUGAUUUCCCACCACAAAGUAAUAUCUCCAAACCAAGACCAAUUUAUAAUAAUAAUAAUCAUAGACGUGGUUCAACCUUAAGUAGGCCACCAUUAGAAUCAACUGGAUCAUUGCCUAGGUCUGCUCAUUAUCAUAUGAGUCAUGAUAAUGAUUAUUUUGAACAACAGAGUGUUGUAUCUAAUUUAAAUCAUGAUGAAUAA